GGCCUGGAGCUCUGCGGGCCGCAUCCGUGGUCGGGACGUCCUCUCACUGCUUGGUAUUGCUCUGAGUUACGGGCGCUCCUCACGGAACGCUUGGCUGAAACCGUUCUGUCUUCCCAAGCUCCGAGCGGAAGGCGGUUUGAGGUGUUUUUUACAAGCUGGUUAAUCUGGAAACAGCGUGCAGACCUCUCGGUGGUGCCCGUGUGCGACGACAUACACCAAGACUUCCCUUUGAAGAUGGAAAGCCCUUCAGACUCCGCCGUGGUUUUACCUACCACUCCUCAGACCCGUGGGAUCCCACCAUCUCCCCAUACAAACAGUUUACGAAAACAACCUAUGAGUGCAACACUUAGAGAAAGAUUAAGGAAAACAAGAUCUUCAUUUAGUUCCUAUUGCAGUGUGGUGAAACGUCUUAAAGUAGAGAAUGAAGAAAAUGAGGCUGUUUUAGAAAAACAAGCAUCUUCAGCAGGUGGAAACUCUUUUAAGCACAUAGACAGUGAGUGUGAAGAAAAUAAGUUUUUUGAAAAUAACUUCAAGAAUAUCCAUGCUUGUGAAUCUAAGUUAUUUGAUACUGGGUCAUACACUGCUCUCCAAAAUGAUUUUGUGGAUGAGAAUCCUAAAGAAGGAUUAAAGGAAGAAAAAGCACAAUUGGUGAAACAGAUUCAGGAGAAAGAAGAACUUCUCCGGAGAUUAAAACUAGUCAAAAUGUAUCGAUCAAAGAAUGAUCUGUCUCAGUUACAGUUGUUGAUAAAGAAGUGGAGAAACUGUAGCCAGCUGUUACUUUAUGAAUUGCAGUCAGCUAUGUCUGAAGAGAACAAGAAACUAAGCCUUACUCAAUUGAUUGACUACUAUGGGUUAGAUGAUAAAUUGCUACAUUAUAACAGAAGUGAAGAAGAAUUUUUAGAUGCUUGAUUUUUUUUUAAUCCUUCAGGAUAUACUAUGUAUACAUAUGUGUGUGUGGAUAUGUUUGUAUAGUAUUUUCUGACAUGGGCUGCUUGGUUUGUUAAGACCUGGGAAUCCACAUUAUCCAGUGAAAUCUGUGGUAUGCUCUUAGCAAGCAAACAGGAGUAUCAAGGCAGUCAACUGGUGACAUGGCAUGUGUAUUAACAGAAAACAGAAAAAGAUGAAGUCUAGUACAUCCCUGAUUGACUUAGAGGAGAGAAAACUGGCAACCAGUCCUAUGUUUUAAGUAUUUGAAACCCUCGUACCCCUAAUCUUGGGUCUGGGUCUGUCUUUCUGCUCCCCACAAUUCCUGUCUCAGAAAUAGCAUAGGAAAUGUUACCAAUGGUCACUUCUCAGCCGAAUUAACCAAGUUAUUUCAGGAAUCAUUCUAGUACUAGGGUGGGGCGGGGAGAGGGUUGGUCAACAAAAUGAUGUUGGUCCUGUCAUUAACCUUCACUCCCAUUCACCAUAUCACUAUAUGGAUGAUCUAUUAAAAUCCACAGAGCUUUUCCUAAAUGGAAGAUUUUAUAAUAGCUCUCUUGUUUUACCUGCACCAGUGUAUAAUGGACAUAUUAAUGUUUACAAAUUGCAAAACAGUGACGCGUCAAUAUCACUUAGAGAUUGUUGUCAGUAAUCCCAACAAUACCCCUGGUAAUGCAGUCUGCAGGCUGUGGAAGGGCAAAGAGAUUUCCUUAUUGUAAUUAACAUCCUGUAUAUGAGUAGAACAAUAAACUUCUUUAGAACUGGAAGGCACUUUUUUGUGUUUCCUAAACACUAUUGAUUAGGACACAAAAUUGAGCUCUGUUAGAAUAAGAACUGAUUGUGUAUUCAAAAUAUGUCAUAAUUUACAAAUGAUUUAAAGCACUGAAAUAAUUUACUUUGUUAAAAUUGAUAGAGAUUAAUGUUAAAAAUUCUAGUAUCA